AUGCGCCGCGCGCCGAGCGGAGGUGCCGCGGCCCGCGCCCUGGUCCUGGCCGGCCUCUGGCUGGCCGCGGCCGCGCGCCCCUUGGCCUUGUCCGACGCGGGCCCGCAUCUGCACUACGGCUGGGCGACCGUCCGCCUGCGGCACCUGUACGCCACCAGCGCCCACGGCGUCUCGCACUGCUUCCUGCGCAUCCGCGCCGACGGCGCCGUGGACUGCGAGCGGAGCCAGAGCGCGCACAGCUUGCUGGAGAUCCGAGCGGUCGCCCUGCGCACCGUGGCCUUCAAGGGCGUGCACAGCUCCCGGUACCUCUGCAUGGGCGCCGACGGCAGGAUGCGGGGGCAGCUGCAGUACUCGGAGGAGGACUGUGCCUUCCAGGAGGAGAUCAGCUCCGGCUACAACGUGUACCGCUCCACCACGCACCACCUGCCCGUGUCUCUGAGCAGUGCCAAACAGAGACACCUGUACAAGACCAGAGGCUUCCUGCCCCUCUCCCACUUCCUGCCCGUGCUGCCCCUGGCCUCCGAGGAGACCGCGGCCCUCGGCGACCACCCCGAAGCCGACCUGUUCUCCCCGCCCCUGGAAACCGACAGCAUGGACCCCUUCGGUAUGGCCACCAAGCUCGGGCCCGUGAAGAGCCCCAGCUUCCAGAAGUAG